AUGGCUCGCAAGGUGAUCGUCGCUGCGGCUGCAUUUGCCGUCCUAAUACUGUCGUUCCUUCUGCCGUCAGGCGGCUGCAAGUUCUACCCCAGCAGACUCUCCAUCUGCGACUUGUGCAAACCUCGGUGCCAAGACGAGGGCAACGACAGCGGGUUCUGCGACGCCAGGAAGAACUGCAUCUGCGUAGACUGCUCGAAACAUGAUCGAGGCAAGUUCAUCAGCUCCAGCACAUUCAGCGUGGGCGGCCAUCGCUGGUGCAUCAGGUACUACCCUGAUGGCGAUGGCUUAGACAGUGCCGAUAGGAUAUCUAUCUUUCUGCAGCACGAUGAUACUGAUGCUGUGGACGCCAAGGCACGAUUCAGGUUCAGCGUCCUCAACGAGAUCGGAGAACCAGGGCCAUUACCGUUCAUCCAAAACGGCCAGCUGAACACCUUCUCCGCCAAGAAUCGGUGCUGGGGUUCCAACAAAUUCGUCGAAAGGAAGGCCCUGGAGGAAUCGGCCUGUUUGAAAGAUGAUGCCCUUCGAGUCAGGUGCAAUGUCACCGUCGCGAAGGACAUCCGCUGCACAGAGGCCACCGAGCAGUUCGUCGUCGUGCCGCCAUCCAACAUGCACCGGCAAUUCGGGCGUCUCCUCCAGGCCGGAGAAGGAGCGGAUGUCACCUUCGAGGUCGCCGGGGAGAUGUUCGCCGCGCACAGGUGCGUGCUGGCCGCAAGGUCACCAGUUUUCAUGGCUGAGCUCUUCGGCCCCAUGAGGGAGAAGGCCAUGAGCUACGCGGCGGUCAGUGGCAGCUCGUCGGCCAUUGUGGCGGAGGCCGUGACCGGGUCCCACGUGCUCAAGAUCGAGGGGUACUCCCGGACCAAGGGAAUCGGCAAUGGAGAGUUCAUCGAAUCCAGCACAUUUGCUUUGGGAGGCCAUCUCUGGUUGAUCAGAUACUACCCGCAUGGUUGUGGUUCGGAUAACGCUGGUUGGAUAUCGUUCUUUCUGGAACUCGAACAUUCAGAUGCUACGAGUGUGAAGGCAAGCUCGAAAUUCUGUCUACUCGACGAGAUGGGAGAACCAGCCCCAUCGCAUAGCAGGCAUUCGAGCGUCAUACGCACGUUCAAGGCUUCAGUACCCUCUUGGGGAUAUGAAAGAUUCAUCGAGAAGAAGGCUCUGGAGGAAUCAACCUAUCUGAAAGAUGAUUGUUUCAGAGUCCGGUGCGAUGUCACCAUCUCCAAGGAGUUCCGAGCGGAGGACACCGCGCGGUUCGUCACCGUGCCGCCGUCAGACAUGCACCAGCACCUCGCCCGUCUCCUCUCGUCCGGAGCGGAAUCAGACGUCACGUUCCGGGUCGGGGAGGAGACCUUCGCCGCGCACCGGGUCGUGCUCGCCGCCCGGUCCCCGGUCUUCAUGGCGGAGCUCUUCGGCCCGAUGAAGGAGAAGCACAAGACGAGCCGCCCCAUCCAGAUCUCCGACAUGGAGCCAGGGGUGUUCGGGGCGAUGCUCCACUUCAUCUACACCGACUCGCUGCCGGAGGCGGCGGUGGACACGGGCGACGCGUCGGUCUCGGUCAUGGCGCAGCACGUGCUCGUCGCGGCGGACAGGUACGGCCUGGAGAGGCUGAAGCUCAUCUGCGAGGACAAGCUCUGCGGCUACAUCAGCACUGGCACGGCGGCGACCACGCUGGCGCUCGCGGAGCAGCAUGGGUGUAGAGGGCUCAAGGAGGCGUGCUUCAGGUUUCUCAGGUCGCCGGGCAAUCUGAAGACGAUCAUGGGUAGCGAUGGGUUUCAGCAUCUGACAAGCAGCUGCCCCUCUCUUCUCAGCGAGCUGCUCGCCAACGUUGCUCCCUGAGCUCUGCAC